AUGGAGCAUACUUCCAGCCGAUGGAUCAUACUUCCAGCCGAUUGCAUUCCUAACAGUUGCAUUAUCAACAUCUACGAUGACGGUGAUUGCGUUCCCCCGCAUAUAACCCAUCAUGUUUUCGUGAGACCUUUUUGCACGGUCCCCUUCAUCAGUAACAAUAAUAUCCUAUUCGAUAAAGAAAUAUAUGUCAUUGGCCCCGGCAAGUUCAGAGGAUCUAAGGAGAUUCCGCUAUCGGUGGACUCUGUAUUGAUUCUUAAAGGAAAUGGAGAAAACAUAGCCAAAAACUGCAUUCCAGGGGCACAACACCACAGGGUGUCUGUAACUUUCAGAAGGAUGGAUAGCAGCAAGAUGCUAUAUGGAUUCCAACCAGAUCCAGAACUAAAAGAGCUACAACCUUACGAGCUAUGA